CCAGUUAGCAAUGGCUCUUCCCAGAGCACGCUUCCAUGCCCUUUCAUGGGCCAACCAAUUCCUGACAUAUAAACGUCCAACUUGGCAGUGUACUACCUGUAGAACCCUUCGCCCGACUCCAAUUGUUGCUCCGCGUAGAUUCGCGACAGCGCCUUCUGGAAAGCACAAGAAACCCUACUAUGUGACGACACCUAUUUUCUAUGUGAAUGCCGCCCCUCAUGUCGGUCACCUGUACACAAUGAUAAUUGCCGACAUCCUGAAGCGAUGGCGAACACUUUGCGGAGAUACAGACGCUCAACUAUUGACCGGUACCGAUGAACAUGGCAUGAAGAUCCAGCAAGCUGCCCUAGCCGCGGAAAUGGAUACUCAGGCCUUCUGCGAUAUGAACUACAAAACCUUCGAGGAUCUAGCCAAAGCAGCAAAUAUGGACUACGAUUACUUCAUCCGGACGACCGAGGCGGCGCACAAGAAGACCGUACAGUAUUUCUGGGAAAUGCUGAAUCACAGAGGCUAUAUUUACACCUCUAAGCACGAAGGUUGGUAUUCUGUUAGCGAUGAAACAUUCUAUCCUCCGUCACAGGUUCAUAACUCGCUGGAUCCUACCACUGGAAGAAAGAGAAUGGUUUCCGCCGAGACAGGGAAAGAAGUAGAAUGGUCCUCUGAGACAAACUAUCACUUCCGCCUGUCUGCUUUCCAGGAGCGCCUGCUGGACCUAUACAAGACAGGCUUCAUUACACCAUCCAAUUACACGACAGAAAUCGUCAAAUCGGUGACUUCGGGGCUCCAAGAUUUGUCGAUUUCUAGACCCGUAGAACGGUUAACUUGGGGUAUUCCUGUCCCUGGCGACGAGACACAGACCAUCUAUGUAUGGUUGGACGCACUUGUCAAUUAUUUGACCAAGGCGGGAUACCCUUUCCCACCCGGUCAAGAAGGGGGCCUUGGGUGGCCCGCAGAUGUACAUGUUGUCGGCAAGGAUAUCGUUCGCUUCCACUGUGUAUACUGGCCAGCGUUCCUCAUGGCACUUGACCUCCCCCUUCCUCGUAAUGUCCUUGUUCAUGGGCACUGGACGAUCAACCAUGAGAAGAUGUCAAAAUCCACAGGCAACGUGGUGAACCCUUUCUUUUCUUUGGACCGUUUCGGUGUUGAUACAAUGCGCUUUUUCCUUGCCUACCAAGGAGGCUUGGCGGGGGACGCUGACUAUGACAACUCCUAUAUCAUCCGUGACUACAAGAAGCUACUCCAAUCGGGUAUCGGAAACCUAGUGCUCCGAACAAUCGGCUCUUCGAAAGGAAAACUCCAUUCUUACAUUGUCAGCGGGACAUCGGGCGAGCUUCCGCCCGCAAAUGAGCAAGAUUUGCAGUUCGAACAACUGCUGAGGGAAACCCCUGUUAAAGUGGACGAACAUAUGGAGAGCCUUAACCCUCGUGCCGCUUUGCAAAACAUCAUGGUGUUAAUCGAGCAGGGUAACAAGUACAUACAUCUAUCGGAGCCGUGGAAGGAUGCUAUCAAAGCUCAACGAGUGUUGUUCAAUGUCGCCGAAUCCCUCCGGAUCGCCGGCAUUCUCCUACAGCCCUUUAUGCCCACCAAGUCUAAGGAGCUUCUAGAUGUUCUCCGCGUCGAUCCCUCCAAACGGGCAUUUUCGGCUGCGGUAUUUGGGUCCGAUGCAGAAUAUGGAGAAGGCAUUAAGAAGACCGUCUUGUUUCCCCCUCUUAUCGUGGAGCAAUAAGUGUCACAAGGACAUACGGUUUGAUAACAAGAAAACCCACGGAAGCCAAUCAAAAAAGUAGAUUACAACACCAUUUUGCGAUCUAAUUGGCACAUUUCUCCACU